CCUGCGUCAACCCUCCAGCCCUUUGCAACACCCACAGAUCGUGGCUCAGAUUCUGCAGCAUCGACAAUCCUGCCUGUUCCUGGCCCACCAUGUCAUACUCGCUGGCCUCGCGCACCAAGCUCGCCAAUGGCCUCUCUAUGCCCACCAUCCACCUCGGUGUGUAUUUGACAUCUGGAGCUACAACAUACCAAGCCGUACGUUGGGCGCUGGAGGCCGGUUAUCGAGGCAUCGAUAGUGCCCAAAUGUAUCACAAUGAGAAAGAAUCGGGCCAGGCUAUCCUCGAUUUUCUGGCUAGCGACGCCAAUACUGAAUCGCUGAAGCGGGAAGACAUCCACUUCACUUCGAAGCUAGCGUCAAACUCCACUUACGAUGCAGCUCGCAAGGCCAUCCAGAGGUCCGUCAAGGAGUGCGGCCUGGGCUACAUUGACCUGUUCCUCCUGCACUCGCCCUACGGUGGCAAAAAGGCGCGCCUUGAGAGCUGGAGAGCUGUCGAGGACGCAAUCAAUGAUGGCGAGAUCAGGAUUGGUGGAGUCUCUAACUACGGCGUCAAACAUCUGCAAGAGCUUGUUGCCUCCAAACCCAAGGUGCUCCCGGCUGUCAAUCAAGUCGAGGUGCACCCUUUCAACACCCGCAAGGACAUCACUUCCUUCUGCCAAGAGCAUGGCAUUGUGGUGGAAGCGUACGCGCCGCUCGUGCGAGCCUUGCGGAUGAAGCAUCCAACAAUCGUCUCGCUCUCUAAGAAGUAUUCGUGCACGCCGGCGCAGCUACUCAUCCGAUGGAGCCUGCAGCAUGGCUACGUUCCACUGCCUAAGAGCUCAAAGAAGGCGAGGAUCGUCGAGAACGCGGAUAUUGGGGGGUUCGCGAUCGAGGAUGCCGACAUGGAGACGAUAGAUAGGUUAGACGAGUAUCUGGUCACAGACUGGGAUCCCACUGAGACCGCGUGAGGGUGCGCCGACGAGAACAAAAUCUGCGCGUGGGGGUUGUUUCAGCGACUGCGGAUGGUGGGGAGUGCAGGUGGGCUUUGAACGUGUGGAGGCCGGAAGAAUGGGCGGAGGAUCAGACGGUCUUGGCAGGGCUGUAUCCGGCGGAGUGGUUCGUAGCAGAAAAUUUGACGGCAUGCCCUCCGCGUGAGAGGCUGACGGCCGACGCGACGUGUG